CAAGAACUUGAGAGAAAAUGAGCUCAACCUCCAACCACAACGAUGACAAGAUAGUAGAAACAGUAAUGGUGGGAAGAUACAUCGAGAUGGAAAAUGAAGGAGAGAAGAAGACAGCCAAGUCUCGCUUCUCCUCCCUCCUCUGGCAUGGCGGCUCUGCCUACGACGCCUGGUUCAGCUGUGCCUCUAACCAGGUUGCUCAGGUGCUUCUCACCUUACCUUACUCAUUCUCCCAGCUCGGCAUGCUUAGCGGCAUCCUAUUCCAGCUUCUUUAUGGUCUCAUGGGAAGCUGGACAGCCUACCUUAUAAGUAUUCUUUAUGUGGAGUACAGAACUAGGAAGGAGAGGGAGAAGGUUGAUUUCAGAAAUCAUGUCAUACAGUGGUUUGAAGUUCUUGAAGGAUUACUUGGAAAGCAUUGGAGAAAUGUGGGCUUGGUCUUCAACUGUACAUUUCUACUCUUUGGCUCUGUAAUCCAGCUCAUUGCUUGUGCUAGCAAUAUAUAUUACAUAAAUGACAAGUUGGACAAGAGAACAUGGACUUACAUAUUUGGAGCUUGCUGUGCUACGACUGUGUUCAUCCCCUCUUUCAGAAACUACAGGAUAUGGUCAUUCCUUGGCCUUCUUAUGACCACUUACACUGCUUGGUAUCUUGCCAUUGCUGCUCUUCUCCAUGGCCAGGUGGAUGGAGUGAAGCAUUCGGGGCCAACGAAGCCUGUUCUUUACUUUACAGGCGCUACCAACAUUCUCUACACCUUUGGUGGCCACGCUGUUACUGUGGAAAUAAUGCACGCAAUGUGGAAGCCCCAGAAAUUCAAAGCCAUCUACCUCCUCGCCACCGCCUACGUCCUCACCCUCACCCUCCCGUCGGCCGCCACCGUCUACUGGGCCUUCGGCGACAAGCUCCUGGAGCGAUCCAACGCCUUCGCGUUGCUCCCAAGAACUCCAUUCCGCGACGCCGCAGUUGUUCUGAUGCUCAUCCAUCAGUUCAUAACCUUCGGAUUCGCCUGCACGCCGCUCUACUUUGUCUGGGAGAAAGCCAUUGGGCUUCAUGACUGUGAGAGUUUGUGCAAGCGGGCGGCGGCGAGGCUGCCGGUGGUGGUGCCCAUUUGGUUUCUGGCUAUCAUUUUCCCCUUCUUUGGGCCGAUCAACUCCGCCGUGGGAUCUCUGCUGGUCAGCUUCACUGUUUAUAUCAUCCCUGCUUUGGCUCACAUGCUCACGUUUCGGUCCGGGCACGCACGUGAGAAUGCGGUGGAGCCGCCGCCCAGAUACUUCGGGCGUUGGAUUGGGGUCUACACAAUCAACACGAUCAUAGUCGGGUGGGUUUUCGUGGUCGGAUUCGGGUUCGGCGGAUGGGCUAGUAUGACUAAUUUCAUCCAUCAAAUCAAAACAUUCGGCUUGUUCACCAAAUGCUAUCAAUGUCCGCCACCGUUGCCGCCUAUUUUUCUCCCAGUUAACACACCGGCAGUCGCACCGUCGCCGUUCUCUUACAACGUUGCUCCCAACUCGACCCAAUUUACAUUCUCUUCUUCCCCUUCCCCUUCUCCUUCCUAUCUUCCUCCUCAUUUUCAUCACCAUCACUAUCAUCAUGGCCAUUGAUUUAAAGCUUAAUCAGUAGUUGGCAAAAUUUUCUCCUAGGCGGGAAGAAAGUUAGAAAGGAAGGACAAAGAGAGGGACAAGUAAGGCUGCAAGGAGGAAGGACUCUCUCUUGGAAUUAGCACUAUUUUGGAAUAUAUAUAUAGAUUUUAUAUUGCCAGCUCUUUGUUUUAUUUGAGUUAGAGGGAAUUGCUUGGAGAGGCCAUCAAUCAGAAGAGAGUAGCUAUUGAUGUAAUAGUUUGCUUUGU